CUAAAUACCGAUACUGUUUAAAUGAAAUGUCACAAAUAGUGUUGAGGGCUUCAUUAGUAACCACAAUAUUGUUUGAUUUUAAAUUCACCUUUAUUCUGCACCAUUUGUCAACAGUUAGUAGGCUGGUUACAGUGGCUGCUCGCUAGGGACAACACUAGUAAAUAUUUUAUAUAAUACAUUUUCUUCAAAGGUGUAAACAAGACUGUAUUAUAUUCACAUAUUCAUGCCCACAGUAUAGAAAAAUAAAAAUAAAUGAAAUUGUAAAAAGAAAUACAAAAAAUAUACAUAGCUUAAGGCUAUACUGUGGUACUGGAAAAUAGCAGCUCUUAACUACUUCUGACAACCUGAAAUCAUAAGGACCGAAAAACAUGUGAGACAACAUUCAUCAUCUUGUUCCCCUCCUGUUUCUGUGUUUAACCCAUGUAUUCUGAAUGAAAAAGAAAUAAAAAAAGAUGUAAUGUUCCUGUACUAUAGCAUACAUGUCAGUGGCAUUGACCUUUGCCAUUAUAUGUUGUCAAACAAGUACCAGCUCCCUGUCACACAACUAUACCAAGCAUAGUGACCAUUGGGCUUGGUGUUUAAAUAUCUUUAUGUUCUUGUGGUGAAGACUACAUUGGAGUAACUGCUCAGUGCACCUCCCCUUUACCCAUGAAACCCAGGCUCCUAGCCUGUCUAUUAAACACAUGAGGAAUUUCCACCCCAAACUGGUAGACUGACUUCAUUCACCAUUGUUCUGGUCCCUCAGUGAGAGCUCUGCAAAAAUGAACUGGAAUCAGAUCAUCUUCAUUUCUUUGCUUGCAACGGUUUUAAUACUGGCAAUUGCUAAUGAAGCUGAAAGUGCAGCUGUCCGAACUGACAAGUCAGACAUAAAGACAGAGGCUGGGGAAAAUAUGAAAAAGAGGAUUUUCAUGCAGGAAUCUGAAGCAACCACCUUUUUAAAACGACGUGGCAGGAGAUCCCCAAAGUCCAAAGAUGAAGUGAAUGCCGAGAACAGGCAGAGAUUAGCUGCGGAUGAACGCAGGAGGGAGUAUUACGAAGAGCAGAGAAAUGAAUUUGAAAACUAUGUAGAGGAGGAGCGUGACGAGCAGCAGGAGAGAAACCGUGAGAAGACUGAACAGUGGCGUGAGUACCACUAUGACGGCCUCUACCCAUCUUACCAGUACAACCGCCACCACAUUUAAACCCUGCACUGAACACAAUCGACAAAAAAGGACACCAUGCCAAAAUCUACAUCUCACUAAUGUGUGGUUACACAUGUUUAUAUUAUAUCAAACAAUUAAGAAUAACGUAUCAGCUUGAAGUCAUUAAGAAAAAAAAAGUAUACAGCUUUUCAUAGUGCAUUUCUUUAGCCAAUUUAGCCAUGUCAGCCUUCAGAAACUUGUUUUGUAAAAAUGUAACUAGAUUCAUAUCAAAUAUUGUAAAACUUUUAUUAUGUAGAUUUAAAGGCAAUGGUAUAUUAAAGGUUUUUGUAUAAAGGUAAAAUAAGGCACAAGCUAUAAUGAAACAAAAAGUUUAACUAGCUUUGUAAAUGUUCAAGACAGUUUCUUCUAGUGGUUUGAAAAUUGAUUCUUUUGAAAUGGAGGACUCAAUAAAAUGAUCUAAAGUGUAAA